AUGCUGCAGUCGCUGGCGGGCAGCGCGUGCGGGCGCCUGGCGCAGCGGCACCGGCCGGCCUGCUGCUUCGCGCUGCUGGUGCUGGGCUACCUGCUGUACCUGGUGUUCGGCGCCGUGGUCUUCUCGUCCGUGGAGCUGCCGCACGAGGACCUGCUGCGCCAGGAGCUGCGGCAGCUCAAGCGGCGCUUCCUGGAGCGCCACGCCUGCCUGGCCGAGCCGCAGCUCGAGCGCUUCCUGGGCCGCGUGCUGGAGGCCAGCAACUACGGCGUGUCCGCGCUCGGCAACGCCUCGGGCCGCUGGAACUGGGACUUCACCUCGGCGCUCUUCUUCGCCAGCACCGUGCUGUCCACCACCGGCUACGGCCACACGGUGCCCCUGUCGGACGGGGGCAAGGCCUUCUGCAUCGUGUACUCGGUCAUCGGCAUCCCGUUCACGCUGCUGUUCCUGACAGCCGUGGUGCAGCGGGUGACGCUGCAGGUGAGCCGGCGGCCGGUGCUGUACGCGCACCUGCGCUGGGGGCUGCCCCGCCGGCGGGCCGCGCUGGCCCACGCCCUGCUGCUGGGCGCCGCGGCCGCCGCUGCCUUCUUCUUCGUGCCCGCCGCCGUGUUCUCCGCGCUGGAGGACGACUGGAACUUUCUGGAAUCCUUCUACUUCUGCUUCAUCUCCCUGAGCACCAUCGGCCUGGGCGACUACGUGCCCGGGGAGGGCUACAACCAGCGCUUCCGGGAGCUGUACAAGCUGGGAAUCACCUGCUACCUGCUGCUGGGCCUGGUGGCCAUGCUGGUGGUGCUGGAGACCUUUUGUGAGCUGCAGGAGCUGAAGACCUUCCGGAAGAUGUUCUACGUGAAGAAGGACCCGGACGAGGACCAGCUGCACAUCAUGGAGCACGACCAGCUGUCCUUCUCCUCCAUCGCCGACCAGACGGCCGGCGGGAAGGAGGACCAGAAGCCGGACGGGGAGCCCUUCGUGGGCCCGGAGCCGCCGCCCGCCCUCGCCGACGGCUCCCCGCAGCGCUGA